AAGACAUUCCUCGCCCGCCUUUGCGAGCAGGCUGAGCGUUACGAUGAGAUGGUCACGUACAUGAAGAUUGGAGGCGAGCUUACCGUCGAUGAGCGUAACCUUCUCUCCGUUGCCUACAAGAACGUGGUCGGUACCCGCCGUGCUUCCUGGCGUAUCAUCUCCUCCAUUGAACAGAAGGAGGAGUCCAAGGGUUCUGAGCAGCACGUCUCGAUCAUCCGUGACUACCGCCAGAAGAUCGAAACCGAGCUGGAGAAGGUCUGCCAGGAUGUUCUUGACGUUCUGGACCAGUCCCUCAUUCCCAAGGCCGAGACCGGCGAGUCCAAGGUUUUCUACUACAAGAUGAAGGGCGACUACCACCGUUAUCUUGCUGAGUUUGCUUCUGGCAACAAGCGCAAGGUUGCUGCUACUGCUGCUCACGAGGCCUACAAGAACGCCACCGACGUUGCCCAGACUGACCUCACACCCACUCACCCCAUCCGCUUGGGUCUUGCAUUGAACUUCUCCGUGUUCUACUACGAAAUCCUGAACUCGCCCGAUCGUGCCUGCCACCUUGCCAAGCAGGCUUUCGAUGAUGCAAUCGCCGAGCUCGACUCGCUCUCGGAAGAAAGCUACCGUGACAGCACCCUUAUCAUGCAGCUUCUGCGUGACAACCUUACUCUUUGGACCUCUUCCGAUGGCCAGGAGCCUGAGGGUGCAGCUUCCAAGGAAGACAAGCCUGAAGAGGAGUCUGCCCCUGCUCCCGAGGAUAAGGGUGAGGAAUCCAAGCCUGCCGCCCCUGAGUCUUAA